AUGUGUGUUUCUCAAAAACACGUGGAGACAUUUUUGGUAUAUCUGGCUUCAGGGGGUUAUUACAGAAAUGUUGGUUUUUCCACUGGCGUGGCUAAAACUUCUACCUUGUUAUACGUCCAUGAGGUUGCCGAUUUUUUCUUAAGCAUUGCUCCAAGAUUCAUCAAACUACCACGCCCGGAGGAAUAUCCUAAUUUAACAACAACUGUUAGAGAUGUUGAUGGUAAUAACAAAGAUAUCAUACUCUAUAUUGACGGUGUAAUCAUUAGAAUUCAACGCCCAGACCAUGCAGGAGAUGCUUAUUAUUGUGGACGACAUGGAAAAUCAUGUGACUCUAUUGAUGUCCAGUAUGUUUGUGAUAAAUUCGGAAGGAUUCGACAUGUCAUAUCUGGACUACCUGGUUCAACCCUCGAUAAAAUUGUAGCAGAAUGGUCUCCCGAAUUCAUGCAGUAUCUGCACACACUACCGAACGACGUCGUUGUUUUAGGUGACCCUUCUUAUCGUAAUUUACACCCAUCUGUGAUGCACACAUUUACUGGCGCGAAUCUGAACCAACAACAAAUGCAAUUUAACGACACUUGCACACGGCAGAGAUAA